UUAAGGGUCAAACUGCAAAGAUGACGAGGCCGAGCUCUUUCAGAAUUGGCUCCACUGUUGGAAGUAGGUCUGUGUUCUCCUCAGUGCACUACAAGGACCGCCCAUGUUCUUUUGUUCAUCCUUACUGCCUGCUGGCAGCAUCAGGAAUUGUGGUGAUCCUGACAGGCCUGCUACAGCUGUGCCUGUACUUCAGCCUCCGUACACUCACUACUUCUCUGCACUACACAGAAGGACCCAUACCCACAUAUGUCAACGCAAUUACACUGGUCUUCACAGGGUCACUGGUGAUUCUGGUGGCUAGACAUCCGGAGAAAUAUCUGCUGAUGUUGACCAUUGGCGGCUGUGUGGUGUGCAUCCUCCUGUGCCUGACAGCUGCCAUCGUCACAGGCAUGCAUGUGUUACCACUCUUCAGCACCUUCCACACAUGCAAUUUCAGCAGAGAUGCCAGCAACCAGGGGCAUUGCACCUGCCUAUCACACACUCAAGAAGGAUUUAUCAGUUUUGUUGGAGCUCCUAACUGCCAUGUGAUCGAGAUGAACCUUCAGAACGUGGUCAUCACCAUGUGUGUUCUGUAUGCGUUUGUGUGUACAGUCUUGGUCUUCAGUUUCUCCGUGGGAUGCUUUUGGUUAGGAGUCCAGCAGCAGAAUGGUAGCAUGUCACCGAUUUCUGCCCAGCAUGAUGAUACCAGUAGAUUGGAGCAACAAGAGUCUGAUGAUGCCAGCAGUCAGACAGACAGACCAGUGCGGGUCCUUGGAGUCAGGCCACUCAGGCGACAUGUUUCCCUGGACAGCAGUGGUGGACGCAACCUAACCAGACCGAUAAGCCGUACCAGCAGCCUGAGUGGUGUGGACUUGUUAUCACAGCAACUUCAGCAGCCAACCAGACAUACACAACACAGAAGAGCAAGACCCAGAGCUCCAGCAAGACCACGAAGGGUGGCUAGCAUGGACCACCGCUUGCCCCCUGUUCACAGACACGUGAUGCGAGCACACAGCUUACAGACCCAAGGUCCCCACAGAGACCAAGGUCUCCCACCUAUGGGGCGCUUACAGUCAGGACAGUCUGGAUCCCUGGGCUCCCUGACAGCAGCCUUCCCCCUGGGCUGGCACUAUGGGAGGAGGCUGUCCUAUGUGGCCACAGGACAGAGUGCUUACCUAUCCACUGAUCCGUCCAGCCCUAGAGCGAGUGGUGGCUCUCAGCUGUCCCUCAACAUGUCAGACCAGCCCUCAGCACCACCUGUCAGACAGCAGUUUUCCUUUGACCCACCUCCGCCUUACAGUCUGGCACCUCCGUAUGUGGACCAGCCACCUAAGUACUGUUCAGAUGAAGCAUUAGGUACAAGUUCAAAUCCACUCACACAAGAGCAGGAGUCAGAGAUGGACAGGCCACACACACCACAAGCAAGGGAUGACUCAGAAUCUGAUGAUCAGGUACAAGAUUCAGAACAGGAAACCCACACACCUGAAGCAUCUCCAGCACCAGAUGGGGCAAUAGGAGUACCAGCAUCUACAGAGGAAGACUACAGGACAGAACUUACAAGUACAAGUGAAGAUACUUCUGAAUCUGAAUCAGUAUUAAGAACUCAUGAUGAAAACAGUGAAUUGCAGGAUCCCCAACCACAAUCUUGGGGAUCACGGGACAGUCUUAGUGUUCUUUUCCAGCAUCCUACAGUCAGACGCAAGUCAGAUGUUCCAACUUCAAUAGUCUAGUUCCUGUCAUACUGUACUGAAGCACUUGCUGGUAGCCUGGUAUCAAUUGUUAUGUACCAGGUAUGUCAUACUGA